AUGGCCGCGCCUCAUGGAUCCUGCGCAGAAUUUGUGCCUGUGUGUCCGUCGUCGCCAGCGGAGGUCCUGCGAGAGUGGAUGACUAAUGAACGAGUCGUGGUCUGCCAGGCCGCUCGUGGAUGUUGCAACUGCAUCUGUCGCCUUCCGGCUCCCGCCUGUCGAUUCAACAUCUGUGCGAGCGGCGUAGAAUUGAAAAGUAGAGCAGGGCACGAGGCUGGCGUGUUGAGCAUUGCAAUGAUUUGUAGUGCUCGAUUUCCUGUGGAGAAGACAACGGUCGUUCUGCAGUACUACAGUAUGAAGCGCAUCGCCCCGACAUGCCUGACUGCCAGCACAGGCAGAUUCGUGGGAUCGACUCCAAUGUAUGGGAUAAUCACAAACAAUUGCCUUGCACCAUAG